AUGGCAAGAGAUUUGGAAACCUCAACGAAUGGAAAUUCCAAUGUUCGAGGAUUAAGGCCGCAACGAUUUACAAGGCUCAACACAACAAUGAGUGGAGCGGCACCAUCCCUACGGGGUACCACCAUGGCAACCACCACAGUAGCCACAUUCGGCAAGGCUCACAGCACCACAACCACAGCCCAAGCCAUGUUUGAGCGCUAUGUUGAUUAUGCUCUUGAUAUUCCCAUGUACUUUGUCUACCGGAACAAGAACUAUUUUGACUGUACUGACAUGACCUUCCGGGAGUUUAUGGCAGGAAAGCGUUGUUGCAUUCCGGGUGAAGUUAUUCCAACCAUAAGUGAUUGGAAGAUGCAUUUGGGAACUAUAUAUCCUGAGGUUAGGCUGAGGAAAUACUUGGAGAUGAGGGGCGCUGGUUCAGGGCCUUGGAAGACAUUUUGUGGUUUGCCAGCAUUUUGGACUGGUUUAUUGUACGAUGAAGUUUCCCUACAAAAUGUGUUGGACAUGAUAGCUGAUUGGACCACUGAAGAAAGACAGACGCUGAGAGAUAAGGUCCCCAAAACUGGUCUAAAGACGCCAUUUCGUGGAGGACUGCUGCAGCAUGUUGCCGAAAAUGUGGUGAAGUUUGCCAAGGAUGGCCUGGAAAGAAGAGGCUUGAAUGAAUCGGGAUUUUUGGAUGGGGUGGUGGAGGUGGCGAGAACCGGUGUAGCACCAGCUGAGAAGCUGUUGCAGCUGUAUUACGGGGAAUGGGGGCAAAAUAUAGACCCCGUCUUCGAGGAGCUACGAUACUGAUCAGGCAAGGCACUUUGCUGAGAUCUUUCAUCUUUGUAUGUAAACCUUGCAAAUUUUCUUGUGUUCAAGGAUGAUUCCGACAAAGGGCCGAAAUUUGCCUUCGUUGCAUCUACCUAUUUGUUAUAACAUUUUCGGAAACAAAUCAUGUUGGACUUGUGUGUUCGAGCAUGUUUAUCUCUCUGGUUAAGCUCUUUGGUUUGAGAGAUCGUUCUUUGUGAGGAUCUUGUGAUCCUCCAAUCACAUCCAUUCAUUGUAGUUUUCGUCAGAUAUUGUUUAUAUUCAAUUUUAAAUAUAAAAAAAAAAAAAAAAAAUCCAUCUUAUGUCAUGCACCUGCAGCAAAGAUGCCACAGGCUUCAAGGAAUCGGA